AUGAGACAUGAACUUAACCCAACAGCUGAAUGUAAUAGCAACGAUUUUCACUCAUCAAAUAGUGAUACUUUUGGGCGAUUCAGAUGGAUUCAGGAUCUUGAUUUUGAUUGUGAUCUUCAAGAAACGCCAGUGCAAUGGGCGUUACAAGCAUGUGGGAAUAUGUACAAAAAUGGUCACACUUGGCUAUGCGAGGUGCUGCGUGGUUCAGUAGCACAUUGCUCAACUGCUCGGAAACCAUAUUUAAGUACAUUUUACACACGAUGUCGAAGUUUAUUGGAAGAAGGUGUUGAGCCUAUUGUUGUAUUCGAUGGAAUUGAUGAAGGAGAGCGGACAAAUGUGGAUUAUGCGGUUUCUACAAUGAGGAAAGUAAGGAAGCGUGGAAGCAAAUAUUGGACAUCAGAGCUAAAACAAGAAAUGGUGCCGAAAAUUGAAGAAAUCAAGAUGUUGCUAAAUUCGAUGGGAGUUCGCUGGAUGGAAAGUAAGUUGGAAGGUGAAGCACAGUGCGCACAACUUGAACAACGAGGCUUGGUGCAUGGUUGUAUCACACGAGAUUUCGAUUAUAUUCUUUUCGGAGGGAAUAAUCUCUAUCAGGUAGAGUUUGGUUUUGGUGACAAAGUACAGAACAACAUCCUUCAUCUUUCUAUGGAUUAUCUGGAUGAAACCUUGUGCUUAAACAGGUCUUGCCUUAUCGCAAUGACAAUCAUGAUUGGUUGUGAUUAUGCUCAGAAAGGCAUUCCUGGUGUUGGUUUAGUUACAGCGUUGGAAAUUGUUUCUGAAUUUUAUCUGAUGAAACAUGAUCAUCCUCAAGUUAUUUUGGAUAGAUUUAAAUCUUAUACGACAGAAAUGCUUCCCGUACGCGAUAAUGACAGCAAUGUAAAACGGAAAUUACGACUUAGUGUUAAUAGAAAUUCCAUAGAUUUGCGAAAUUUCAAUCCAAACUCAGAUGCUAUGUCUAAUGCGAUCAACAUUUAUAUGAUGCCGCUUGUUAUCGAGUAUUCUCGUACACAAUUACCCAAAAAAUUGCCACCCAAUAUACAAAAAACUGAAAAGUGUACAACGCUUACCAAAGGAGGGCGUACUGCUUGCUCGAAACGUGAACGAGUUGCCAUGGAACGACUGCGUGUGAACGCUUUACUUUACAAACACAGCCCUGUGAUAGAAGUGAUCUCAGUGCCAUCAACUUCAGAAGAAGUGAAUCAGUUGAAUGGCGAAAGUAGUGGUGUAAUUGUUUCAUCGCAACGAGAUGCAGUUCAUCGAAGUGGGCGAAAAAAGGCAAACCAUGAAUUGGCUGCUGUGCAACAACCACCGCCUAGCAAAAUCCCUCGGAAAGAUGGUUUUGUUACAAAAGUGAAUGCUUCUAAUAUAAAUCAGGUACAGGUACAACCAGCAUCGGGACAGAAUGAACAGAUCAUCAUUGAGGAGCAAAAUUCAGCUGCUACUGAGCUUCUCGUCGUCGAAGAUGUCGGUCGCACCAAUGCAUUGCAGGUCUUCACAGUAUAA